CCGCCGCGUCGUCUGCACCGGCACCGCAGUUGGCGCAGUCCUCGCCUCGUCCUCCGUCGGUCCAGAAUCAGUUGAGGUUGAGAGCUGCAGCAAAGCGGACGCGCACACCGGACACCUCAGAACAGUUAGAGGAUACGCAGUGCAGUUCAGGUCUUCGACGUUAACCGACUCCACUAGUCAGAUCUUCAAACGAGCUCAACAGAGCAGCUACAAGCAUGUCCCUGGCCGAGGAGCAGCUGCUGCCGGACCUAGUGCUGCUGGAGGUGAUGCAGUACCUGUCGGUGGACGACGUCUUCGCCUGCCGCCUCGUGUGCAAGAGGCUCGAGGCCCUGGCGCGGCACCCCAACGUGUGGCGCCACCGCCGGAUCGACUGGGACAGGGACUGCCCGUGCGCGGUGCUGCGCCUGGCGCCGUGCCUGCGGGCGAUAGUAUGCAGGAGACACGGCGACGGAUACUCCCCAUACUACUCUAAUGCAGCGUUCGAGACGACCAAGUGCGCCGUGACAUCUCUAGACAUCGAGGUGGAAAGUGCCUGGAACGGCAAGAAAUCGCACCCUCAGUUGGCGCACUUCACCCAAGUGGUGCGCAACCAGAUAGCGCUGGGACGCCUGCAGCACGUGACCGUUCUGAGUGGCCGACCCGGCAUGUACUUGCGUCGGCAGGCGGAUCCAUUGAGAGGUGUUGACGCGUUUUGGGAUGCCUUGGCGCAGUCUUCUUGCUUGCAGUCUCUCCGAUUCCUGGGUUGCGUACCCUCGGCAACCCAACCCUUGCAGAGUGGAUCGUCCAAGUCGUCCUUGCUGCUCUUCAAGUGCCGUCUUACAAGAAAGUCCGAGUCGUUUGUGAAGGCCGUGCUGGCAGCUCACACCGAUACCCUGGAGGAAGUCAGCCUAAGAGGCUCUUUGUACGUGGACGACAGUGCCGUCUCCAGCUCUGAUACAACCGAGUUGCUGGCCCGUAUGCCCAGACUUCGACGUCUGAAGUACGACAGACUUUCUCCGAUUGACGCGUUGGCCGCGUGUAACACACUGAAGGACGUGAGCCUGUUUCCCGCCCCUGGUUGCUCGCCGCUGUCCCUCGAGCAACCCCAGAGUAACAUUCUGAAGUUCCUCAGUGAAGCCAACCAGCUGCGCGCCCUGAGCAUCCUCUUUGGACCUGGCGACAACAUCGAGGAGCUGAUUGAAGCCACCCUGGUGUCUUCCGCACUGUCCCUGGAGCACCUGUCUUUGCGUGGAUACAAGGCCAAGGAGGUACACCAGGUUCUGAUCCGAGCGCUGCCCCGGCUCCCCGCGCUGCGGCAGUUGACCUUGCACCCUGGUGACCUGGAGGAGUGCGACGAGCUAUUGCUGGCUAUCACGCCCCUCUCGGCCCCGGCCCUGCGCAGGCUCAAGCUGAUCAGUGACGAGGAUGCGUAUAAUUCUGGUUAUGGAUGCGGCCACCACUGGCUACACGGUGACGCUGUCAGGGCGACCCUCGUUGUCAAUCCCCUGCUGCACAUCCACCUGUGGAACCCCAAUGCUUGUUGUUCUGAUUUCGAGUGCGAUCCGUGCGCAACGCUCUGCCAUCUGGAAGCGGGAUGGAACUUCCCCGGCCGGCUUGUCCUCUUCGCACAUGAGCCUGGCAAGUGUCCCGCACCAGAGGACCACACUGCAGGAGGCCGCAAGUGGAGGAGCAUCCACAUGCCUUGCAACAGACUUCAGUAGUUUACUCCCUUUGGUGGCUAAGUGUUUUCACAUUGCCAGUAUUUAGUGAUAAAUAAUUGUGCAGUGUCAUGCAUGGACCAUUCGCAAGAGUAUUCCAAGUGAACAAGUGCCCCAUGUUUGGAACGUUUCUUUUCUCUUUUCCUAUGAAAGACAUGUCAUUACCACAGGUAAUGUUAUAAUGUAGGGACAAUGUUAGUUUUUGUUAGAAGGUUACAUGUGUUACAAAUGUCUACAAAUCUUCAUAUUGGUAGUAUUUAAGUAAAUAAUUAUGCCGUUUCUGAUGAGUAUAACCCUUUGUCAACAGUAUGUUAAGUAAACAAUUUUGCCAUAUG